AUGGACAUGGACGUAGAAGCUAUGCUGGAAGCUCCUUAUCAGGAGAAACAGAAAGAGAAUCUUCAAGUCAUCGUCGAGAAAGAGAUGACAGCCAUCGAGACGAAAGAAGAAGACAUUCCUCUCGUUCGCCUUCUCACCGCUCACGAUCGAGAUCGCAUCGUUCUCACUCCAGAUACAGCAGUAGACAUCGUAGCCAUUCUCGUGAUUAUCGUCGCCGCUCUCGUUCUCGAUCCAUUGAUAGAGAUAGCCGACAUCGCCACCAUUCACGAGAUCGUAGAAGACGCAGUCGCAGCCCGGCUCGACGCCGCAGUCGAAGCUUUGAUAAAAACCAGUAUGCGAAGACGUAGACGUCGUUCUCCCUCACCUCCUAUUCCCGAAGAAGAAAGAGAUAGACGAACUGUAUUCGUAACACAAUUGGCACAACGCUUAAAGCCUCAAGAAUUUGAAGACUUUUUUGUUCAAGCUGGUCGAGUACGCGAUGCACGUAUUAUCGCUGACCGUAAUUCACGACGAUCAAAAGGAGUGGGGUAUGUCGAGUUUUAUGAUGAAGCCUCGGUUCAGAACGCUUUGGCAAUGUCUGGGCAAAAACUUUUAGGUAUUCCAGUCCUUGUGCAAUUAUCUGAAGCUGAAAAGAAUCGCCUGGCCAUGCAGGCAGAGAGGAACUUGAAAUUGGCGCAACAAGAGCAAGAGCUUUUAUACCAGCGUUUGUACGUUGGAUCGAUCCAUUUCAGUCUUACUGAAGAUGAUAUUCGUCAGAUUUUUGAACCUUUCGGACCGCUGGAAUUCGUUAAUUUGCAUAUGGACCCUGAAACCGGACGAUCGAAAGGUUUUGCUUUUGUUCAAUUCAAAAAUUCUAACGAUGCAAAGCAGGCACUCGAGAAGAUGAAUGGUUUCGAACUCGCCGGAAGAAACUUGAAAGUAGGACUGGUAACCGAGAAACAAACUGCAAUGAUGAGCUACAAUCUAGAUGACGAUGAAACGGCCGGGGUUGCGUUGAACUCCUUAUCACGUACCGAAUUGAUGAAGAAAUUGGCGGCUCGCCAGACGGAUCUGAUGAUGGAAACUGCCGUUGAACCUGCGGUGGUGCCAAAAGCAAAACCGAAUAUUCCACAGAGCGCCACACGCACCAUUAUGCUAAACAACAUGUUUAAUCCUGCAGAGGAGACGGAGCCAGAUUGGGAACGUGAUUUGGAAACCGACGUCAAAGAUGAAUGUAUGCAAUACGGCGAAGUAAUCCACAUUCAUGUCAACACAGAAUCCUUGGGCGAGGUGUAUAUCAAAUUCGAUUCCACCGAUGCAGCAAUGAAGGCAACGCAUGCAUUGAAUGGUCGAUGGUUUGGUGGUCGACAGAUCACGGCCGGUUACGUGCCAGAGGCCAUCUAUAAUGCGCGAUUCUCGUUGUAG